AUGUUGUCUUACAUGAGCACUCCUUUCCAUAUCGCGACCUCACCUCGCCUUCGGCACCUUUUGCUUUGCCCCUUCCUGUUUGAUGACCUAGAUCCCCUUAACCCCAUGAGCGACCCUAUUUCUCCUCCUGCCGCGAUCACUCCUUCCUCUGUUCCUCCUGUGCCACCUUCUGUCCCACUUCACCGGUCACGGCGACCUCACAUUAGGCCUACCUGGUUGUCAGACUAUGACUGUCAUUGCGUCCCUUCAUCUUUUUCUUGCAUCUCUGCAUCUUCUGCACAUUCUGGUUUUGUUGCACACUUAUCUACUUUGCAGGAGCCUAAAAGCUAUCUGCAGGCUUGCAAGGAUAAGAAUUGGGUAGAGGCUAUGUCUAAAGAAUUAGAUGCACUUGCAGAGAAUAAAACUUGGAUCCUCACCCCUCUAUUAUCAGGAAACGUACUGUUAGUUGAUAAGGCUAUCACUGUUCGCAUUUUCCUCGCGCUAGCAACAUCCAACUCUUGGCCCUUAUUGCAACUUGAAAUUAACAAUGCCUUCUUCCACGGUUUCCUGACGGAAGAUUUUUAUAUGGAUCCCCCUGAAGGCCUCAUUGGCGUUCCCAUUGGCCAGGUCUGCAAACUUCAGAGGUCGCUGUAUGGACUCAAACAGGCCUCUAGGCAGUGGAAUUUAGAACUCACUACCCAACUACUCGCCUUCGGAUUCCAUCAGUCCAGCCACGAGCACUGUCUCUUUGUUAAGAGGUCUUCCAGCGACUUCACUGUCUUGCUAGUUUAUGUGGACGACAUCCUCCUCACUGGGUCGUCUUCCUCUGCUCUGGAUUUCGUCAAUCCUAUCUUAAUCGUUUUCUCAGCAUCAAAGACCUUGGCAUGGCCAAGUAUUUUCUUGGGCUCGAGCUCGCUUGUUCCUCUCAUGGUUUGCAGGUGA